GCGGACACCGCAAAUCUGCCAGUUCUGCAGGCUAGUAGUAACCUAUUGUACUCAGCAAGCUGACUUUCUUGCAAGUUCACCUACGAGCCUUUUUUGCGAGACAAGUUUUAUGUACCAUGUAGAUACGUUAGAUACCCUUCACCUGAUUUUCGUAGUAAUUACAUUUAUUAUAGCAAUCAAAGGGAUUUAUUGCCGUCAGUCUAGAAAGUUCAGGUUUUGCUUUGCUCUAUUUUCCUUUAAGAAAAAUCGGGAGAGACUUGGGGAAAGGGCGGUUGUUGCCGGCGCCACAACCUAACAUUUUGUUACCGUAUUUGACUUCAUUCGUCUCUAUACGUCGUGGUGGUCUUUCCGUUGUACUCAACGUGCGUGGCGUAUCUAUUUUGUUCCAGCAGGAGACGCGGGUGAUCCCUCGGAAGCUACGGGCCACAUCCCGCUUAAGAUGCGAGAGUAUAACGAGUUGUUCGACUGGCUGCAGAAAUUCAGACUGACUAUCUACAUCGAUAAUUUUGUGAAAGGAGGUUUCGACAUGACCAGUAUACUUGGAAUAACUGCAGAGGAUUUGACGGCCAUAAACGUGACGAAAACAGGUCAUAGGAAAAAGAUUCUAUCAGAAUCAGCCAAACUGGAAAGUAGAGUGGUAUUUCCGAGAGAAAAACCGAGAGAUAUUAUGACGUGGCUGCGUCUGAUUGGUCUAGAGCAAUACAUACCCGAGUUCUUGGACGGCGGAUUCGAUGACAUGGAUUUCCUCCAGGACAUGACGUUAGAAGACCUAGUAGCGAUUGGAGUCAAAAAACCAGGCCAUCAAAGAAAGAUAUGGAUGGCCGUGCAAGCUCUGAAAGAGGCAGACGAAAAUGAGAACGUGCUGGAAAGUGUAGAAGAGAAAUUUCCGCUUCAGGAGAGGAAGGGUUAUUUAGAGACAUGUUUAGAUGGAGAAGAUUCCGGAGUAUCAACCGAUGAAGUUGAACCAUCUGAAUUGAUCUCGGAAAGCGCUCGAACACAAGAAAACCAAAAGGAGUUUUCUCGCAAUGCUCUUUCCCCGAGUGGAAAAGCUAAUGAAGAGCUUUUUGUCGAGGAUUCUUCGUCGGCGGAAUCCGAAAUUCCCGAGACAACAACGCAGCUUGUUCAUAAAGAAGAAUUACCAUAUGAAAACGGAGAUCAAGAUCAACAGAAGAAUGCUGGUCCACAUGAUCUGUGCCCUGAGGCGCCGCAGACGGAUGGUGAUGGGGUUGAUCCCUCUGCCAAUCGGCUAGACCCUCCGGAGGAAAAAGGCAACCAUGAAAAUGAAUUGGACCCUUCGUUAGGAUUACAUGGAGAUAAUUCUGUUUUAACUUCAGCUAAUGAAGACGACGAACCUCCUCCCCGCCCUCCCCCUCCAUUGGAGGAUAUUGAGCUGCCACGUCAUGUGGCCAACUCUAAUCAAACUAAAAUCGAUUUCAAUGGCCCCGGAAUGGCCGUGAAGGACAUGGUUUCAGAGGAGAACGAUAGAAUACGUACCUCCUCGCCGGACUCUACCUUUCAGAGACCCAAGAAACCUGCCCCACCACCACCGGUCAAGCCUAAAAGCUUUAAGAAGGGCCCGCCCCCUAAAGUGCCGCCCAAGCCCCGAAAGUCCGCGUCUUUCACGGCUGGAUACAGAGAGAGGAGCUCGGGCGAGGAAAGCGCCGGAGACAGGUCACCGACAAAACCCUUGUCUCCUGUGGACAGACGCAGUAGCACUGGUUCUAGCCCCUCCUGUUGGCCGUCGCCUCCACGCGCUCGACAAACCGGAAACGGAAAUGGAAGUUUGCGAUCGUGCAGCAGUAGCGCCAGCAGUCAUAGCUCAGUGGAAUCGUUGAUCGAAGAGAUAGAAGAGACAAGAAAGAGUUUUGAAAAACCAGGUCGAAAGGUUAGCGCUCCAGACCGACUGAACACCUCGCACGAGUAUCAUGGAGGAGUGAGAACGAACCAAGUGGACGCGACGAGAGCUGAUGGUGAACUGGAUGAACAAAUUAAACAGAUUCUCAGAAAUCGUUCUAGAGAAGAUCUAUCAGAAGUACCAACCACAGAACCCUCUGUGUCACCUUCAGCUGUGCCCGAAGUAAAUAUCGAAGCGGAGUCUGUAGACACGGAAGCGGCGAAGAAGGAGCAAGAAAUAGCUGAAGAUCUAUUGAAGGACAUCAACAGCAUGUUAAAUGACUUCUCCACUGAGUUAGACUCCAUGUUCGAAUGAAUGGAGAGUUGGAUUGGAUCAAACCACGGUAAAAGUAACUGUAACGAUCGCCUGGAUGAAAUAAGUUAACGAGCUGUAACCUCUACGCAAACAUGGCAAUGGACAUGCUUUAUGACUGGGCGAUGUUUACCACAAUGGUGUUAUUGGUCAAGACGCUAUCACGUGACUUAAAAGGAAAAGAGGAGAAUCAGAUGAGACAAGACCAGUCUCCCCUCUGCCCCGCUUAGCCUGCAUAUUUACGUCUAAAGGCGCCACACCUUUGAGGGCUUUUGGCAUGUUUGUGUUGGUUUUCUAAAAUUUCGAGCCAAUCAAAGAAUCGUUAUCUGCAAGUACAACUUCCGGACAACUUUUUGUUGGUUUUCCAAACUUUUCGGUCAGUAGCUUGCGGUUACUUUGCUUACCCUGCCUUCAUUGACUAACUUACCUUUUGAUUGGCUUAGCAAUGGAAAACCAACAUAAAGAUGUCACACAGGAAUCAAAAGGUCAUUGAUCGACUGCAGCAUCGCGUAUUCAAUGUAAUUCUCAUUUUCAAGCAGAUUGGAAUGAAAUUGGAGCAGGCUUAAUUCACGAUUACAAGGUAAAGUUUUGAACAUUUUUUAACACAAUUCAAAUAGUGGAGAGAAAUAUCAAAUAAUUUUAGGUAUGAUAUACUGUCCCGUGCAGAGUUUGUACGCUAGUUAUGUGUAAAUUUUUUUUAUCUUUCAUAGAACUUUUUAUAAUAUCUCAGUGGUUCCGAGAUAUCUUAACUGGGGGCAAUUAUAUUUAUUUUGUAUUACUUUUAAUCUUUGAAACGUUUUUAUGGGGCAUUUAUUUUAAGCCUGCCAUUCUUUCACAUCAGCAAGUGUCUUUUUUUGCUAAAUUCUUAGAAUCAUCCACAUAUUAUCCAGUCAGAAAAAUAGGACAAGGGCGAUAAUUCAUGGUCCUUAGCAACGAAUGGCUUUGCUUGGCAACGUUUUGACGAAAAACCGCGGGAUCUUUAAAGAAGCUUGCUGCCUCGAAGAAUCAUAGAAUAUUUAUUUUCUUAAAACAAGUAACGUUUCAGUUCUUUGCUGAAACCUUAAGUUUUGCGGUCAAAAUUCGAUUUAAAUUUUGAUUUUCCUUGCAGAAUUGCGACUUUUUAGGUAAAUUCCAUUUACUAUCUUAGGAACACUGAUGGUUUUGUCCGUUUUAGGGCUUAGCUGCUUGUAUGUCGGCAUUAAGAGUCGAUUGUUUAUUAGGGUUCAGUGUUGCAGGAAAAUUAUAUUCACCGAUCUGACGAUAGAAUAGCGUAUGAAUUAGAUUGCUUUUUACGAUUUGAAUUUCCAGUUCUGGAGAAAAAUUAGAAAUUGAUGUAAUCAUUUUGGAAUACAUAGAGGAGCCUUGUUAUAUGUCAUAAAUAGUAUAUAUCAAUUGCUGAAGACAGCCAUGAAAUUCAGUGUAAAAUGACUUACUAUUACUCUUGUAUAUAGCUAUAUUUUCUUUAUUCUAACGAACAAAUAAACAUAUAUUUAAAUAUAUUUUUUUCCCCUUACUCGUCAUUCCUUGUGGUUUUUCAAGGACAGUUAUGAUCUUACACCCAGAUUAUUUCGUUGAUAACGACUUAAAACUAAGAUCUAACAAAAUAACGCAACUGGAAUCCUUUCCGUUAAAUCGUGACAUGAGAAAUGAAAUGCAUACUAGAAAAGAUUCAUGCUCGUAGCAGAGAAAUUCCGAUAUAACCAAACGACACCAAACUAUGUAAGCUUAGACAUAAACGCGACGGGAAUACUUUCUGUCGAAUCGUGAUAUGAGAAAUGAAAUGCAUACUAGAAAAGAUUCAUGCUCGUAGCAGAGAAAAUCCGAUAUAACCAAACGACACCAAACUAUAUAAGCUUGGAUAUAAACGCGACGGGAAUACUUUCAAGGCAGCG